AUGCCGUGCGACUUGAGUGAUGCUAAGUCCCUAGGCCAAGGCAACAGAGACAUGUGGAGAGGGAGUACUAUUGCUCAGGAGGAGCUGUCCAGGGAUCUGGCCAGGAGAGCCUGGCUCAGCAAGGAACGGCCUACCCCAGACCCCGGGGCCAUCCUGUGCUCAGCCAUGGGCACCGCCUUCCAGAGCACCUCCUGGUGGUUGUGGGGGAGGGGGCUCCUUUCCGUCCUGGUGGUCAAGGACAGUGCAAACAUGCUCACACACCCUGACCUCAAAGGGACAGUCUUCUCCCUCAAGUCUCAUGCAGCUUUUCGAUGUCUGCUCUUCAAUGCCGAUGUUUCUAAACUCCCUUCAACUUCCUUGGAAGGUCAUGUGUGUGCAGCCAAAAGGACACUGGACCCCUGGCAGCAGGUUUCAUCUACCCCACCUGACUGGAUCACCUCAAGCCCGCACCGGCCAUAUGAUCCUCCACACUGGCAGGAUGCACAAGACCCAGGGGAGGCUGCUGAGCACUGGUGUUGGAGAAUCUGCCAGAUGGAAGAUGCCUGUGUGAGAGCUGUGACCUUCCCAUACAUAUGGGACCACAAUUGGCUGUCUCUCCCCAGCGCUAACGUGAGGGUCACUGUGGCUUUCCCGGCCAGUGUCUGCCCAGUACUCCUCCCACUGGCUGACCCCUCGUGGAAAUGCAUGAUGAUGACUGAACGCGAAUCGGAUUUGUGGUGUUUAAGGAUUCCUCUGCCUGAGUUGGGGAUAGCUCUUUCAGAAGACCAGGUGAGAGGGAAACAGGUUGAAACAGGUAGGAGGUGGCAGUGACAAGUGAAAGAAGCCCUCAGGGGGUAGAAGCCACAGGAUGUUGCUGCCAGGUGGACAAGAGGAAAGCGAGAGGGAUGAUGCCAGGUUCUGGCUAGCGGAUGAAUAGUGGUGCUAAUUAUUGACCGACGAGCUCCAGAGAGGAGCCUCUGAGUGACUGUGGGUGGAGAAAAUGAGGUCUGUUUGAGGCCGGCUGCCCGCACGGUUAGCUUCAGGGUCACACUUGGCUUCAUUCGCUUUGCACGUCCGUGGCCUCCUCACAAGCUCUACAGCUGUCCCCACCCCCAACCUCUGUAAGAGGCUACUUUUCCCUCUGGCUCCCAUAUAUUCGUUAGUUUGUUGUCCAUGACAAAAAUCUGAUGUGAGCGAUGAUCGAUUUUCAACUUUUCGAAUGGAUGCUCAAGAAGUAGCGUGGGAAGACCACACCAGACUGAUUCAGCCUCACGCACAUUCUUUAUUUCUGUGCAGGCUUCUGUUCUAAUUCCUGCCCAAACUAGGUUGAUGGAUGGGAUGGGGAAGUGUCUGUUUUAUCCAAACCUUUCUGGAAAUCCUGUCCUGCCCGCAAACCCCUAAAAGGGGUCAUUCUUUAUUGUAUUUUCUCUCAGUCAAAACAAAUUGAAUUAAAGUAGACAUCUGACCCAAGGCCAAGUAACCCAUGGACUUACAGGGGUUGAUCAGAUACUCUCAGGAAUUUGAGUGGAGACACAGAGAUGAGGUCAGUGUAGGUUCUUGAGUUGCAAAGCUGUGUAGACCUGGGGCUAGGUACCUUGAGGGCCUGUGAUAAUAUAAGACCUAUGGCGGAUAGAUGGAAGAAGGAAAUCAACUUACAGAGUGUAGACACUGGAGAUCGGUUGGAGGAAGGGAGAGAAGAGACCGCUUUCUGUGUCUUACGGGGUCCAGCUAUAUUCCUUGUCAUGGGAUUGGAAGGAUCUUAUUCUUUUUCUCCUCACAUGUCAACUGUGGCCUUUAGAGAAUGAGAAUUUUACCGCUUCUCCCUGUAGCAGCAAACUUGGCAUGAAGCUUUCACUUUUUAAAAGAAUUAUGGAAUGUUGCAGAUGUACAGACAAAUAAAGAGAAUAAUAGAGUGAACAUCUGUAUUCUCAUCAACCAGAUUUACCAAAUCUUCACAUUUUCCCUUUGGCUACAUUGCAUUGACAUUUCAUACACUUCUCCAAUCACAUUCUCUUCUUUCUCUUUCUCAGAGGUACCACUGCUCAAAAUCUGUUUCUUAUUAAACGUAAUUUUCCGUGUUUAACAUGCCCAUUGACAUGAUAAAAUAUUGC